AUGGGUGCUUUCCCUCCCCCGCCGGUAACCACCAUUGACUGGUCUAAUAUGGGAUUCAGGGUCCGCGAGGUCAACGGUCACGUCGAAUCGACCUACUCCCAAACCACCGGAGAAUGGAGCCCUCUCCGCUUCGUGGCCGAUCCGUUCAUGCGCAUCCACGGCAUGGCCCCCGCCCUCAACUACGGGCAGCAAGCGUACGAGGGGCUCAAGGCCUUCCGCACGCCGGGCGACGGCGGCAUCUGCAUCUUCCGGCCGCGCCGAAACGCGGAGCGGCUCCAGCGCUCGGCCCAGGUCGUCUCGAUGCCCGAGGUGCCCGUCGAGCUGUUCAUGCGGGCCUGCCGCGCUGCCGUCGCCCGCAACGCCGAGUUCGUGCCCCCGCACGAGACCGGGGGCGGCAUGUACAUCCGCCCUCAGCUGUACGGCUCGAGCGCCCAGCUGGGGCUGGACCCUCCGGACGAGUACACGUUUUGCGUCUUUGUCCUGCCGACCGGGGUGUACCACGGCUCGCAGCCGGUCAAGGCGCUCGUCCUGGACGAGUUUGACCGCGCCGCGCCCAACGGCACCGGCCACGUCAAGGUGGGCGGCAACUACGCCCCGGUGAUGAGGUGGAGCGGCAGGGCGAAGCAGGAGGGCUACGGCAUCACGCUGCACCUGGAUAGCGCCAAGCGCGAGGAGAUUGACGAGUUUAGCACGUCCGGCUUCAUCGGCGUCGUGGGCGGCGGCGGCGGCGGCGGCGGCGGCGGUGACGGCGACGACGACGUGACUCUGGUGGUGCCGGAUUCCAAGUGCGUCAUCGACAGCGUGACGAGCGACAGCGUCCAGCGGAUCGCGCGCGGCUGGGGGUGGAAGGUGGAGAAGCGGCCCGUCAAGUACGCCGAGCUGCCGUCCUUUAGCGAGGUGUUUGCCGCCGGCACCGCGGCGGCGUUGGUGCCCAUCCGGAGCAUCACGCGUCGCCGGGGCGCCGCGCCGGGUGGCCUGGCUGCCGGGCCGCGCGUCAGCGCCGCGGCCGACGCCGACGUCGUCACGUAUAUUCCCGACGGCCAGGCCGGUGCUGGGCCCGUCUGCCUGAAGCUGCUGUCGCAUCUGAAGGCGAUACAGUCGGGGAAAGCGGCGGACGAGUUUGGCUGGAGAUGCGAGGUUGGCGAGGGGGACUUGAAUCUCGCGGCGGAGGGGGCUUGA